AUGGAGACACCAGCAGCGGCGACGGUCGGCCUGGCGCAGUAUAUCGGCCAUGUCGUGCCCGUGACCUACGACCCGGGCCAGCUGGUGCUGAGCUACAUUGUCAGUUUUGUUGGUGCCGUCUCGACGCUGGAGCUCAUUAACCGUCGGACUUCAAGGAAGGGUUACUAUAACAACCUCCUCCUGUUAGGCGCCUCCAUAACCAUGGGCGGCGUAGCCAUCUGGUGCAUGCACUACAUCGGCAACCAAGCCAUCCGCCUCCUCGGAGGCGAACCGGAGCUGCAAAUCGUCUACUCAGCGCGGAUGACCGCCGCCUCGUUUUUCGUUCCCAUCCUUGUCCUGCUCAUUGCCUUCUUCGUGGUCACAGGCAACAACAACAACAGCACCGAAGUCAGCUGGUGGCGGGUCGGGGUGUCGGGCACGCUGUCAGGGGGUGCCAUCUGCGGCAUGCACUACCUGGGCAACGCGUCCAUCAGCAAUUACCACUGCGAUUACGCUGUGGGCAAUGUGGCUGGGUCGGCUGUUAUUGCAGCUGCGGCGAGUACUGUUGCCCUCGCGCUGUUUUUUGUGUUUAGGAGUGCCUGGACGGGGUCGUGGUGGAAGAGGAUUGGCUGUGCGGUUGUGCUGGCGGGCGCCGUGUCGGGCAUGCAUUGGUGUGCGGCGCUGGGGACGAGGUAUACGUUGCUGGUUGUGAAUGAGGUGGGGGAGUAUGGGCCGAGGAAUACCACUUCUGUGGUGAUUUCCUGUCUGUCGAUCUCUGCUUUCCUGAUUAUUGUUGGGACGACCAUCUACUCGGCUCGCAUUCGCAAGGGCUAUGCCGCAAGGGCACAGAGGAUCACGCUUGCAGCGGCCGUGUUUGACAAGCAAGGGAGGAUCUUGGUGACGCCUGAUGGUCUUUUGCCAAGCGAGGUUGUCACCAGUAGCUUUCUGCAAAAGAUGACACAACACUUAUGCACCCUUCCACACCGUGGACGGAACCCGAGGAUGGGCAUCGACCUGGUCGACCAGCAGGGCCGUGUGAUCGACAACUACGACACCAUAUUCUGCGAACUCUUCUGCCUGGCCGCCGCCUCCCUAGCCGCCAAGCUGAACGAGAACCUGAUCGAUCUCGGCUUUCUCUGGGACGAGAUCCUCGCAACAGGGAGGCACACGACUACCCCCUCCAUGUCACUCGACGAAAACUCAGCCGGGCCAUACCCAUCAAAAACCGCCGCAGAAACCACCAUCCAGAACCUAGAUGACGUCGCAGAGAAGGGCAUCGCCCCCAACCGGACCAAGACCCGCGGUCACGGGUACCUGAUGUUCCUCGUGCGCCGGGUAGACGACAACCAUGCCAUCGAGCAGCUGACCGCCGCGGGCUACCGCUUCGCCGAGCCGCAUCAAGUGUCGCACAUCAUUGCCUCGCAAAUGCAGAUCCGCGCUCCAAGACUAGAGCUGAAAAUGCGUGGCAUGGAGCGCUACGCGCAGGGCGCCAUGCUGAAUCCUGGCGUGCAUGUCGGGCUGUUUGCGGUCCGGACUAAAGUGCAUCAGGCCGGGUUUGAUGUGCUGGUUAGGACACAGGCAAGGAAUCUGUUGCCGAGUGUGGAGCUGCCCGGGCUGGAUAGGCUGGAGCCGGGGCAUGUUGCGAUGUUGAGGGAAAUGGAUGGGAUGACGUUGAGUGCGGUGCUGCACCGGUUGGGAUCGUCAUAUGCAGGCAAGGUAGGGCUGGGGAAUUCGGCUCAGGCUUCAAAUUUCGGCGCGCUGCUGUACGACGCAAUCCGAUCCCUGCGAAGCAUGGUCGACGACCCAGUCGUGGACAAGGCGAAGCUGGUGGCCAAAGUCGCGCAGGUCCCUUGCGCGUCCACGGCGAAGAGUGGCGGGCGCCCGGCGACGUGUGCUUUUGUUGCGUUUACCAUCAUGAUACCCAUCCACGUCGCCAUCAUCUCUCCUGACCACGAGUUCAUUCCACUCCCGUUCUUCAAAACGCAGCAGCUGGCUUACGAGAACUCGCCGCACAAUGCGGUAUUCGCGCGGUCACUGCAUCGCAAGAUCUCGGCGCUCAGUCACGGCGAGGCAAAGCCCGUGACGAGGAACACACUGCUGCCAUCGACCGGGUUUCGUGGAUAUCUCGAGGUGAUGAGGUCCAAGAUCUUCUCAUCAUCAUCCAACCGGCCAGUCAUCCGCAGGGCCGCGAGUCAGGGUCGUCUCUGGCGCCAAAACUCAGGACGGGACUCGCCGAGCAGCCGACAUAUUACUUUGAAACCCGGCAACGAAAGCGACAUAUCCCUCGCACCAUACGGCGGGAACAGUGGAGAUCCUGAGCUGGGUUCUGAUGCCGUUGUCCCUGAGCCAGACACACUGAGUAAGAGUUCAGGGGUUGGCUCGGAGUACGGCGGCAAGUCAAGUUCACGAGGCCCCGGGCCCGGGCUGCACCCAUCGAAAUCGUCCAUGGGCGGCAUCAUGAUCUCGCAGGAGGUCACUGUCGAUGUGGAAGAGGACCUGGCAUCUGACGGAAAUACCGGUGUGGCACAACAACAGAAGAGUCAGCGGGCGCUGCGGGAUCUUGUGGGUGGAAAGGUUCAGAACCUGCCUAGCCUCGACCCGAAUACGGUCCCCGUCGUGCUAGGCCCGGGAAUGGGCACGUCGAGGGUAGAGGUGAAAAAGGAGGGUGAUGCGGUGCUGACCUUUGUGGAUGAGCUUUUUGCGACUUGUUUGGAGAGCGGGCAGGCCGGGCGUUUGUGA